CAUUGGUCGAAACCCAGCGAAGUGCACGAGAGCAGGGAAACUUUUGCAGCGAGCGGGCACAUGAGUUCAGUGUGUGAGCCGACCGUCUAACAAGUGGUUUCCCGCUGAGAUCGCGCCGAACAGACGCAAGGAGAGGCAUCUACUGCGUUUACAAGACAGACUGUCCUCCGUGUGUCUCAGUAUCAUAGUAAUGUCCUCCACAACCCGUCUGCUCAUUUAGGAUCUUUAGAAAGAAGUGAUCGUCCAUUGCUUCUGUUUUGUCUCCGGUGCGCUGCGGCUAAUUGGUUAAUUUGGAUCACCCGGCGCUCCCGGUUCAGCCUGAGAGGAAACCCCGGCCACGAGUCGCCAGGUGGAGGGCGACAGAAGGCUGCUGUGAGCGCCAGUGUUGAACUGUUUUCUGUAACUCAUCCUCCCUUCACUGCAUCUGUCCAGCAUGUACAGCAUGAUGGAACACGAGCUGAAGCCGACCGGCCAGCCCCCCUCUCACCAGACCUCACAGGGGAUGUCACCGGUCACCGGCAACAUGACCGGGAACAUGGGCGGCAAUGGCAACUCUCACCCGUGCACCAAGACUGCGUGCGCGCCUGGGAGCGACCCCAUGGAUAAAGUCAAGCGGCCCAUGAACGCUUUCAUGGUCUGGUCCAGGGGUCAAAGGCGCAAGAUGGCCCAAGAAAACCCGAAAAUGCACAACUCUGAGAUUAGUAAGCGACUGGGAGCUGAGUGGAAACUCCUGACCGACGCCGAGAAGCGGCCCUUCAUCGACGAGGCCAAAAGGCUCCGGGCGGUCCACAUGAAGGAGUACCCCGACUACAAGUACAAGCCACGCCGCAAGACGAAGCCCCUGCUGAAGAAGGACACUCAGGUGGGCAAGUACCCGCUGUCGGCAGGAAACCUGCUGGCGGCGGCACAGGGCCAAGGUGGUAGUCCGAGGAUGGAGAGCUACGGCUGGGGUCCAACCGGGGGGUACGCGGGCAUGCAGGGCGAGGCGCUCGGCUACACUCAGCAGCUGCACCGGUACGACCUGUCAGCUCUGCAGUACCCACCUGCAAUGACAGCAGCACAGUCGUACAUGAACGGAGCCAACUCGUACAGCCCUAUGUCAUACAGCAGCAGUCCUCAGCAACCAAGCCCUGUCACCAUGUCCAUGGUGAAAGCAGAACCAGUGUCUCACUCGCCUCCAACAGUGACCCCAAACCACCACAGAGGGCCUUUGCAGGGUGACCUCAGGGACAUGAUCAGCAUGUACAUUCCGGGACCAGGAGGGGAUGCCAGCGACCCCACAACAACACAGAGGGGCUACACCAGUGUCCAGCAGCACUACCUCACUGGAACUGUCCCGCUCACACACAUCUAGGACUGUGGGAAUCAUGGGGGUGUGGGUUGAACUGAGUGAGAGAACCAGAAAUGCUCAUGAUGCACAGGUCAGUAGAUGGGAGUCAAAGAGAUGAAGGAUGAAAUGUGAAGGGAAAAACUGUAUCCCCGCAUGUAGUAGUCUCACAGUUCCAGAUGUGCCUGCAGUUCCAGAUGUGCAAGUGACAACUGUUUGUUUCACCGAAAAGCUGUUUUUCUACCUCUUUGGUUCCACAUCAGUUAAAAUAAACGCCACUCACACCCUCCACCACACAUACCGAGCUCAGUCUCCUCCCUGCCCAACCACCUGACAAGCGGACGUCCCUCCAUGCAGUGAUGACGGGGGGGGGGGCAUCUUAAAUGCAUGUCUUCAACCAGCUGUACCAGUUUCUGUACAAAUUACAAAAUGUGUGUCUUUUUUAUAUUUUUUAGAACUUAUCCAUAAUUGAGUCAAGGUUAUACUACCUGAACACUUGUGACACUGGCACUCUCUACAGUCCCACCACCAGUGCCUAGACACUGCUUUGUGGGCAGAUCUGGAGAACAGCUGGGUGCUGGUAGGGAACACGAGAAGGAAAUGCACGACUUAAAUAACAGCUAUGGCAAAUGAAGUCUUUGUCUUGGCUCCGGUUGAGUACUAUUGUGUUUUUAUAUUUUAACUGAUGAAUUCCUAUUGGACAACACGGAAAACACCUUUUGGACAAUCAGCACUGCAUCCACAGGAAAUAAACACAACACAAUGGCAUCUAUAAUCCACGGUGUUGCUUUCAAUGAAGAAUCAGCUUGGUUCCAUUUUCAGUAGAUCACAUGUCUGAGUAUGAGAAGGCCUGUGACACUUGUUGCUGCCAGUUUGAGUUUUAUUUGUUAUAAUUAGUUCUAGAUUUGUGAUUUGAUAUUAAUUUUUAAGAUGCAUUGUUCUGGCAGCAUCCUGAGUGUAAUUGUCACUUUGCUAUAGGCAGGAGUUGUAUUGCUUUUAGGCUUCUUAUUGAGGGAAUGAAUAAUAUGAAAUGCUUCAUUUCAUUUGUUUGUUCCAAAUAGCAGAUUAAGACUUGCAAGUUAUUUCUUCCAAGUACACUGGAACAACAAAAGGCCUUCUUGGCAUGUGUUUUUGUUUUUUGUUAAUGACCUGUCUUUUGUGUUUUAUGAUUACCAGUAAAGGGAAUGUAUCAGUUAGUUUCGGACUAUAUCUCCAGCAAACAAUACAUCUCGUUUCUAAACUUUUUAGAGUAACUUCAACAAUGGGUAAUUUUCAUUCUCUUGAAUAAUAAACUGUUUUGAUCCCAGUUGUUUCAAUCUGACGGCAGCGUCCUUCUGUCGAGCCUGCUGUCUGCUUACUAGUGCUGCUAUGGACCUAAAGGAACGUUUGAUUUUUCAACCAACAACUCAGUAUUGAAUGUGUUAGAUAAUUCAGACAGUAUUACAAACUAAACUUGCACUGGAAACAGAUGCCUGAGUUAUUUUUGGAAAUGAGUAAUGCAUAAAUGUUUACAUUGAUACCCAAGUAUUUGAAAACCUAACUUUUAUACUGAUUUUAGAAUGAAUUCUGUAUGUAAAUGCUGCCAUGUGCUAGAGUUAUUGUAUGUAGCAUUCAUGUAAAUAAUGUAUACAUUUUUAGGCUCUUAUACUAAGAGUCUUGAUUCUUUUUUGAUUAUAAAAAAAUCUUUGUUAUGGCAUUCAUGACAAUAUUAAUAAAAAGUACAAAUCCUUUUUUCAUUCAUA